GAGAGAAGGGAGGAGAGAAACUUGGAGCCGGGAGAUAAAGCCGGUAAAGGUUGAUAAGGUUGCGCCAGUGACAGCUCAAGUGGAGUUUGAGGUAUCCGAACCGGCGACCGUGCAGCUCGGCCACUGACUGACUUCGAACCAAGAUGAUGUCAUCGCCACGACACCUGAGCAGCAGCUGGCUGAGGCAGCUCCUGCCUGUACUUUUGAAGCUCUGCCUCGCGUUUGCUGGUCCACUGCGGCCCCUCAAUGGGAGCGAAUGCACGGCCAAAGGCCCCGCUUCUUACAUUGUGGUGUUUACGGGCCACUGGAGCCCGCAGGCCUUCCCCAAGCAGUAUCCCCUGUUCCGGCCCCCUGCCCAGUGGUCCAAGCUCAUAGCGGUGAGCCAUAAUCGCCAUUUUCGGCUGUGGGAGGAGGGUUCUACGGCCAGUGAAGGGGUGCAGAACUUUGCUGAACUCGGAGUGACGGUGGAGCUGAUGAAGGCGGCCAAGGAUGCUAGGAGGAGACGCUCAGUCGGCGCCAUGUACCGGACGGCCGGCAUCCCUAACGGAAUUGGGCACAGCUCCACGGAGCUGCUUGUGCAGCCCAGGAGCUCACUGCUGUCUGUGUUGGUGAAGAUGAUCCCCAGCCCGGAUUGGUUCGUCGGUGUAGACAGCCUUAACCUUUGCGAGGGUAAUCAAUGGAAACAGGACGUGACCAUUGACCUCCAACCUUUCGAUGCUGGGACAGACAGCGGCUUCACCUUCUCCUCCCCCAACUUCCCCACGAGCCCUCAGGAAAAUAUUACAAAGAUCACCUCUCAAAUGCCAAACCACCCGGCCAACUCCUUCUACUAUCCACGCUUAAAGGAACUUCCACCCAUUGCCAGCAUAAUGCUCACUCGGCAGAGCAGAUCCCUCCACCGCCAAGUCCCCAUGUCCAAUCAUAUCCUUCCAAACUCCUUCAGUCCUCAGAGAUUCUCAGUGACACCCCUGGACUGUGAAGUGUCUCUCUGGUCAUCCUGGGGCUUGUGUCUGGGGCCCUGCUCCAAGGGCGGCGUCCGCCAUCGCACACGCUACAUCCUCCUACCACCGGCCAACACCGGCGUCCCCUGUCCUGAGAUGGAGGAACAGGCUGAAUGCGUGCCACACAGCUGCAUGAAGCGCCAGUAACCCACAGAGCGUGGGUGCUGCCAGUAUUCGACACUGGGACUCAUGAUAUUACUGCUGGACUGAGAAACUGUACUGCGUUAUUUCUCUGUAAUGCAGUGGAUUUCUUUACCUUGUCAAGACUGUAUUCACUGUUUAGUCUACUAGUUUUAGUGUGUAUUGUCUCCUUCAGUAUUCACUGUUUAGUCUACUAGUUUUAGUGUGUAUUGUCUCCUUCAGUAUUCACUGUUUAGUCUACUAGUUUUAGUGUGUAUUGUCUCCUUCAGUAAGUGUAGCAGAGUCUUGGACCAAUGCAACAAACCUUUUUUUGCAUGCCCGCAGUAGGACGAGCAUAUCACACCACCACACACCGUAAUCCAGACCUGGGCAAAUUAAUCUUUUCAAUCUGGCCCUACAUUCCCAAAUAUUAUUUUUUAAUCUUUAAGAUGGAAAGUGUAUCUGCCAUUGUGAUGUGCAGUGAUGUUUUCAAAUGAGCGUAAGUCUUGAACUAUACAAAGUAUUUCAAUGGUUGGAAUCUGCCCUUUUGCAUGAUAUACUAGUUACUAUGGUAAUGUAAUUAGUUACUAUGGUAAUCUAAGUGACAGCAGCUCAGACGAGGCACCGAGCAGUGUGGGUGGGGAGCGUUUCCACAGAGUGUUUCCAGAGCCUGAAAUGUGGGCGUCAGGGCCAGACGCGGAAGGAGAUUUUUACAACAAAGUUCUAAAGCUUAGUGAUGAAUCAGAUGUAUCAGAUUGUAGGUGGUUUAUUUUUCUACCCUUCACGUUCAUAUUUCGCUGUGUUUGUUGCAUUUUUGUUGCGCUUCGCUUGAUUGUAAAAUAUGUCGAUCGAGAGGGGAUGUGACGAUAUUUUGUCAAUAUUCAGUGUUUUAUCGUUCAUAGUUAAAGGCCUACUGAAAUGAAUUUUUUUUAUUCAAACGGGGAUAGCGGAUCCAUUCUAUGUGUCAUACUUGAUCAUUUUGCGAUAUUGCCAUAUUUUUGCUGAAAGGAUUUAGUAGAGAACAGGGGUCGGCAACCCGCGGCUCUUUAGCGCCGCCCUAGUGGCUCUCUGGAGCUUUUUCAUAAAUGUAUAAAACAUUGAAAAAGAUGAGGGGAAAAAAAUACAUUUUUUGUUUUAAUAUGGUUUCUGUAUGAGGACAAACAUGACACAAACCUCCCUAAUUGUUAUAAAGCACACUGUUUAUAUUAAACAUGCUUCACUGAUUCGAGUAUUUGGCGAGCGCCGUUUUGUCCUACUAAUUUUGGCGGUCCUUGAACUCACCGUAGUUUGUUUACAUGUAUAACUUUCUCCGACUUUGUAGGACGUGUUUUAUGCCACUUUUUUUCCCGUCUCAUUUUGUCCACCAAACUUUUACGUUGUGCAUGAAUGCACAAAGGUGAGUUUUGUUGAUGUUAUUGACUUGUGUGGAGUGCUAAUCAGACAUAUUUGGUCACUGCAUGACUGCAAGCUAAUCGAUGCUAACAUGCUAUUUAGGCUAUCUAUAUGUACAUAUUGCAUCAUUAUGCCUCAUUUGUAGCUAUAUUUGAGCUCAUUUAGUUUCCUUUAAGUCCUCUUAAUUCAAUUUAUAUCUCAUGACACACUAUCUGUAUGUUAUAUGGCUUUUAACUUUUUGCGGCUCCAGACAGAUUUGUUUUUGUAUUUUUGGUCCAAUAUGGCUCUUUCAACAUUUUGGGUUGCCGACCCCUGGUAUAGAACAACGUCGAUAAAGUUCGCAACUUUUGGUCUCUGAUAAAAAAAGAACCUUGCCCCUACCGGAAGUAGCGUGACGUUGUCAGUUGUUCACUCCCUCAUAUUUUCCUAUUGUUUUCAACGCAGCUAGAGCUAUUCGGACAGAGAAAGCGACGAUUACCCCAUUAAUUUGAGCGAGGACGAAAGAUUCGUGGAUGAGGAACGUUAGAGUGACGGACUAGAAUGCAGUGAAAUACAUAUUUUUUUUCGCUCUGACCGUAACUUAGGUACAAGCUGGCUCAUUGGAUUCCACACUCUCUCCUUUUUCUAUUGUGGAUCACAGAUUUGUAUUUCAAACCACCUCGGAUACUAUAUCCUCUUGAAAAUGAGACUCGAGAACGUGAAAUGGACAUUCACAGUGCCUUUUAUCUCCACGACAAUUCAUCGACGAAGCUCUUUAGCAUGAGCUAACGUGAUAGCAUCUGUCUCAAAUGCAGAUAGAAACAAAAUAAAUAAACCCCUGACUGGAAGGAUAGACAGAAGAUCAACAAUACUAUUAAACCAUGGACAUGUAACUACACGGUUAAUAGAUCUCAGCCUGGCAAAGCUUAACAAUGCUGUUGCUAACGACGCUAAGGCUAACUUAGCAACUUAGCAACCGGACCUCACAGAGCUAUGAUAAAAACAUUAGCGCUCCACCUACGCCAGCCAGCUCUCAUCUGCUCUGCUCAUCAACACCCGUGCUCACCUGCGUUCCAGCGAUCGACGGCGCGACGAAGGACUUCACCCGAUCAUCCGUGCGGUGGCCGCGGCUAGCAUCGGCUAGGCGUCUGCUAUCCAAGUAAGUAGUCCUUGUUGUGUUGCUACAGCCAGCCGCUAAUACACCGAUCCCACCUACAACGUUCUUCUUUGCAGCCUCCAUUGUUCAUUAAACAAAUUGCAAAAGAUUCACCAACACAGAUGUCCAGAAUACUGUGGAAUUAUCAAAUGAAAACAGAGCUUUUUUGUAUUGUAUUCAAUGGGGAAGGCAUACCUCUGUUCCCCGGGCUACGUCACGCGCAUACGUCAUCCUCCAAAGGCUUUUUUAACCGGAAGUUUGGCGGGAAAUUUAAAAUGUCACUUUAUAAGUUAACCCGGCCGUAUUGGCAUGUGUUGCAAUGUUAAGAUUUCAUCAUUGAUAUAUAAACUAUCAGACUGCGUGGUCGGUAGUAGUGGCUUUCAGUAGGCCUUUAAUAUUGUAAAUCCCACAUUCUUUAUUUACAUGUACAUUCUAGGUGUCUCAUUCAGUAAAACAAAUGUACAAUUCCAUUCUGUUUUUUAAGGCGGUAUGUCAUAACAUUUUUAGCAUUCAAUCAGACAUUAUUGUGAGGUUUUGUAUUAGUGUUCCUAAAAAUAGAUAUACCGGCCCCCAGACACAUUUUUUCCUCUAAAUUUGGACCCCGCGAGUCAAAAUAAUUGCCCAGGCCUGCCCUAAUCCCUUCUUGUAUUUUUCCAGGCAUUGGUGUACAUAACCCAUGACGAAAAGGCUUGAAAUAUUUAGCCAGUUUAAAAAGACUGUUUUAUUUUAUUACUAAGUUGCAGUUUUUUGUUUGUUUGUUGUUUUUUUUUACAGAAAAAAUAUUUGUUUUUGUAUCUAUUUUGUUAUUUUAAUGUGGAUGUUUUUGUAUAUACUAUAUUGUAUUACUCAUGAAUAAAUGUGGAGUGUUUUUCAAGUAAGACACUUUUGUGUGGUUUUCAGCAUGGGGCGGAAAAAACAUUAUUCAAAAGCUAAAUGUUUUGGUUUUGGGACAAACAACAUUCUGGAUCUGCACUAUUGACACUUUAUAUUAGGGCUGUGAAUCUUUGG